UUCAUCCCGACUUUUACUGCACCGCACACAAUUUUUUUUACUGUCUCUGUUUUCUCUCUUCCUUUGAUCUCUUUUCUAAACCACCCCACUAAUUUUUAUUUAUUUAUUUAACCUCAAAAGCAAUCUCAUUCAUACAGAUAGACAAAGAAAAAGAUCAUAUAGUUGCAAAGUAAAAAAAGGGAGGAAAGGGAACUAGAAUUCCAUUGAAUUUGUUCUCUUUUCUCUCGAAUUUGAAAAUAAAGAAAUUAAAAAAAUAAAGAAAAUGGCAUUUGCAGGUACAACACAGAAAUGCACUGCUUGUAGCGGCACCGUGUAUCUGGUUGAUCGUCUUGCCGCCGAUAACCGCAUUUUUCACAAGGCCUGUUUCCGAUGCCACCACUGCAAAAGCACCCUCAAGCUGGGAAAUUUCAAUUCUUUCGAGGGAGUUCUCUACUGCAGACCUCACUUUGAUCAGCUGUUCAAGAGAACCGGCAGUCUCGAUAAAAGUUUCGAAGGAACACCAAAAAUCGUGAAACCGGAAAAGACGGUCGAAAACGAGAAUGCAAGCAAGGUUUCCAGUAUGUUCGGUGGCACGAGGGACAAAUGCGUUGGUUGUACCAAGACUGUUUAUCCCAUCGAAAAGGUUAGUGUGAACGGAGCUGCGUACCACAAGAGCUGCUUCAAGUGCAGCCAUGGAGGAUGUACGAUUAGUCCGUCGAAUUAUAUAGCGCACGAGGGUACACUGUACUGCAAGCACCAUCAUAUCCAACUUUUUAAGUCCAAAGGAAAUUACAGCCAGCUCGAAUCCGACUCAGCUUCUGUUGAAAUUGCUGCUGGAUUAUGAACGAUUAGUUCUUUGUUAAUUUUCCACCGCCAUUAAUUCGUUCUUUUUUUUUUUUGUUUCUUGAAAAUUGUUCUUUGAGCUAUUUUUUUCAGGUAUUUCAUAAGUUUGAUUGUGCUCUUUUUUUUUUUUUUUUUUGGUGUAUGAUUCUUGGUGUAUUUCAGAUGUUCAUCAAUUUACUUGUGAUGAAUUUUGGGAAGUUUGAUUCUGUUGA